UUCCCCUCUUCUCUCCAACCUCGCUCAGGACAAAAACCCCAUAAAAAAAUCCAACGUUCUUGUUCAACGUAUGACACAUAUUAGUGCUCAGCCCAAGUCAAGUCGACGUACUCUUUUUCUGGUUUCCUCUCUCUUUCUUUGACUAUUUCUCCUAAAACCCAAGUGAUGUCACCCCCUGGUUCCGUCUUCCAUUUGCUCUCUCAAGCGUCCCCAUUCCCAUUUCGUGGCGUACCACGAUGUUGUCUCUCUCUUGGGCUCCUCCUCCUCCCGCGUCCUCGUCUCUUGUUCUGCACUUGCUGUUUCCACUGUUCUUGAUCUUGAUCAAGACUCCUCGUUCCCUGGGCGAGGACUAUUACUCGAGCUGCACCGAGAAGUUCAGCUGUGGGGACGUUGUUGACGUUGGCUAUCCUUUCUGGGGAGGCAGCAGAGCGAGCUUUUGUGGGUAUCCCCAGCUGGAGCUCAAGUGCGAGAACGGAAGCACCGCGACCAUAGUGAUACAGGAAGUGAAGUACCGUGUUCUGGGGGUGUAUCCUGAUCCUAUUCAGGUGCUGAGAAUCGCGAGGGACGACUAUAUGCAGGGACUCUGUUCCACGAAUUUCCUCAACACGACUCUCGACUCGUCGCUGUUCCAAAUCGCCUACGGCUACACCAACUUCACUUUACUCUACGGCUGCCAAACGGUUGUCCCACUUUUCUCAUGUCCUGUGCAAGGGGUUCCGUACACGGGGGGCUAUUAUGUGUUGUCAGGGUUGGUUGUUCCCAUUGGAUCGUGCUUCAAGAGCGUGGUAGUCCCGCUUUCUUUGGAUGUUUGGAGUACCUUGGGGAAUAGCUCGUCCAAUUUAGUUGAGGUGCUGCAGCAUGGUUUUGAGGUUCAGCUGAAGGUGGAUGGUGAAGCAUGUGGGGAGUGCACUCAAUCGUUUGGAGUGUGUGGUUACGAUCUCGCUACGAAUCAGACCACUUGCUAUUGUCCUGGCCAGUCCUUUGGUUCCAAAACCUGUGGUUCAUCAAUAUCUGCUGCGCCGCCAGAGGCAACAACUGCUAAAUCUACACAAGGGAAGAAGGAUUCUAAAUCACUCAGUAUAGGCCUUGGCAUUGGCGGAGCUGGUUUUGUGGGGAUUCUGCUAGGUUUCUUGUUUGUCUGUUUAGUGCGGAGAAAGAAAAAGAAAGCUGCUUUCCAAAUUCAAACCAAAGAUCUCGGCAGUACUCCUUCAAACAAAAGCCUGCUCAUAUCAAGCAAUUUCACUAGAAGCAUACCGUCUUUUCCUUCUUUGAAGUCCGACCUUGAGAAGGGAAGCACCUAUUUUGGAGUUAAAGUCUUUGAGUACGUAGAACUUGAAGAGGCUACUCAAAAUUUCGAUCCUUCUCGAGAACUUGGAGAUGGAGGUUUUGGGACGGUUUAUUACGGUGAGCUUCGUGAUGGGCGAGUAGUUGCAGUCAAGCGCCUUUACGAGAACAAUUUGAGACGUGUUGAGCAGUUCAUGAAUGAAGUAGAGAUCCUAACACGCCUGCACCACCAGAACCUAGUGAAGCUGUAUGGAUGCACCUCAAGACGGAGCCGGGAGCUGCUUCUUGUCUAUGAAUAUAUUCCUAAUGGAACAGUGGCGGAUCAUCUCUAUGGAACGCGAGCGAGUUCUAAUUUGCUUCCUUGGCGUGUUAGGUUGAAAAUAGCCAUUGAGACUGCAGAUGCACUCACUUACCUUCACGCAUCCGAUGUCAUUCACCGUGAUGUUAAGACUAAUAACAUUCUCCUAGAGAACAAUUUCUGUGUAAAGGUGGCUGAUUUUGGUCUUUCACGGUUAUUCCCCACAGAUGUCAGCCAUAUAUCUACUGCUCCACAAGGAACUCCUGGUUAUGUGGAUCCAGAGUAUUAUCAGUGCUACCAACUUACAGACAAGAGUGAUGUAUAUAGUUUCGGUGUUGUCUUAUGUGAACUCUUAUCAUCAAAACCUGCAGUCGACACUAAUAGGCAUCGUCAAGACAUUAAUUUGGCCAACAUGGCUGUCAACAGAAUUCAAAAUCGUACAUUGCAUGAACUGAUUGAUACUUCUUUGGGGUUUGAAACAGAUUAUGCAGUUAGGAGGAUGAUGACCUUCGUGGCAGAGUUAGCUUUUCGGUGUUUGCAGGACGAAAGAGAUAUGAGGCCAACUAUGGAAGAAGUCUUGGACACUCUGAAAAGAAUUGGGACUGCGCAGAUAGAAGAGCAGAAAGCCGAGGUUAUGGACGAAGUUCUAGACACCUUGAGAGGAUUCCAGUAUGAGAAUGCAAGAGUGAAGAAAGCUGAGGUGAUUGACAUCAGGUCAGAUGAAGUUGGGCUUCUAAAGAAUAUGCCUCCCUUGCUUUCCCCCGACUCGGUGGUCUCACCUAAUUGGGGAAGCAACCCUACCACACCUAAUUCCAUUUAGCAAUUGAGAUUUCCUGUUCUGUUUAUUUCAUAAAUCUUGAAGCAGGGAAAGUGAUUUCAUGUAUGAUGACCAUAAGCUCUGUGGCCUUCUAGUCUGAUGUUGUUUAAGCAGGUGGACAGGAGUUACUGAGAGCAAUGUACAUAGUAAAAGCGAUCUGCAGUAUUUAUCUGUUUCUAUGA